ACGUUACUGUUUUGGUUAGUGCAAUUUUGUAACAAUUUCAUAUUUUUUCGAUUAAUUUUGCCAAAAAUUUACCUUCAAAAAGUGUAUUUUUACGGCCAACUUCAAUUUCAGCUGUUCGGAAUGGAUAGUUUUCCGGAGAAAAUUGGAGUGUUUCCCCAACGGGAAGAAACAUUGCCAGAAUCAGACGCAGCUGUUGAAUCGGGAACUGUUACGGAAAUGAGUGAUGGUGAUUCGACUGAGGCUAAGCAAAAAAGACCAUUGGAGUGUGACGACCAGGAUGUGGCUAAUGAAAUGGAGCCCCAAAAGAAAUUGUGCCGCUUCUACUUCUUGGACCACUGCUCGAAAGCCGACAACUGCUCCUUCAUGCAUUCCGAGUUUCCAUGCAAGUUCUAUUAUUUUGGAUAUGAGUGCAAGGAAGGGAAUAAUUGCAAACUGCGCCAUGGACCUGCCCUGGAUGGAAAUAUGAAGGAUGUCCUAUGGGACCAUGUCACUUCUGCUCCGGCAAAUCUUCUGCAGAGAUUUCCCUGUUUUCCGAAUGUGCUCUUGAAGAAAAACUUCGACGAUCGACACCACGAGCUGAUUUUGAUGGAACAGGAAGGGUUGCUGGAGGAAAAUAGGCAGCCGCUGGCCAAAGAUGUUCCAGGGCUUUCUGCUGCUCCGUCGCAGACCUUGCUGAGUGAGGUGAUGAAGACAGUCAGCCAGGUGAAAAUGUCCGGUGGACCGUUCUCGGAGUUAGGUCAGCUGGUGGAUAUUCUGGCACCGGAGCAGAUCGCUACCUUGGCGCGGAUUGGCGUGGAAAAGCUGGAGCAACUGUUCGAGCUUGGCGCUACCGCUUUACAGGAGUUGGGGUUUGAUUUGGAAGCGCUUAUCAAAAUCGGUAACUUCAAGGAAGCAAAGCGUCGUACGUCAAUUUACACUCCCGACAGCGCCGACGAGAAAAUGGAAUCAAACGAAAUUGUCGAUUCUAUCCUUGGUUCGGAGGAUCUUGAUGGUUCCCUUGCUUCUGCAAUAGGAGAGCAACCGGCACUUACAGAUCAGGAACUACUGAGCAUCCUUAACGAGGAUUGUAGUGGUUCAACCGGCGCGGCUGAUUAUGACUCACCGAAGCAAGACCGUGCUGGAGCAAUGUCUGAAGUCGGCGUUGGAGGCCAAUUUAUCGGUAGCAGCGUUAAGAGUCCAGAUACCGAAGAAUGCUCCUUGAGAGCAUUCCCCAGCGACGCAGGAAGUGAGUGCCGUCAGCUUCUGUUUUACGCAUCGGUCAAGGAAAAGGAAAACGAUAGGCAAUCGUUGGAUUCCAUUCAGAGAACCGUAGCCCAGCUGAAGAGAAUCGACUCGCUGCUGUCCGAGCCGAAGGAACAGGACGUCAGCUGGGGCAGCGCAGAGAGUGACACUUCCGGUGAUUAUCCGAAGCACGAUUCAUCCGUAACCGAUUCGGUGAACCAAUCAUUUGGCAGCGACAGUGACAGUCAAACGUGCUUUCUGAUGCCCUUCAAAUCAAUCAUAAACCGGUACACGCCUGCGAAGGAGAUCGAUGCAUCCAAUGGCAAAUAUCCCAACAUUCAGUAUAAGCUGAUUCCGAUUGACGUUCCGAGACCCAGUUUCGAUCGCAUUCGGCGUUCCUUCGUCACACAACCCUCGUACAGUUUGGAUCCACGCAUACAGAUUAUGUUCAACGUCGGCCCAACGGAGGUGCGCCACGGCAGUCAUACCAAGGUAUGUGAUCGCGACCCACGGUUGAAGAAACAAAUCGAUGCUGAGCCCCCCUCGGCUACUGCUUAGAAGAGGUAGGUGAAAUGGAUAUGUUUCGAUUGGAUACGACCGAUCCGAUUUUUAACUAAACUACAUUCCUCGAUAUGUAAGAUUUUAAAGAACAGAACAACAUUAAAUUGAAUUCGAUUUGAAAAUGUC